UGAGAGCCAGAGGCUCAGAGGAUUCUGACAGCUUCUUUGCAGAGCAGAAGCAACUGUGCUCAAAAUAGAAACCGCCGCGGCUCCCGCUGCCUUUCUCUCCUCGCUAAGAAUCCCUCAGUUAAACAAGAUGUGCAAAGGACUUGCAGGUCUGCCGGCGUCCUGCCUGAGGAGUGCAAAGGACAUGAAACAUCGGCUGGGGUUCCUGCUGCAGAAGUCAGAUUCCUGUGAACACAGUUCUUCACACAGCAAGAAGGACAAAGUAGUAACUUGCCAGAGGGUAAGCCAAGAAGAAGUCAAGAAAUGGGCUGAAUCACUGGAAAACCUGAUUCACCAUGAAUGUGGACUGGCAGCUUUCAAAGCUUUCCUGAAGUCAGAAUACAGUGAGGAGAAUAUUGACUUCUGGAUCAGCUGUGAGGAGUACAAGAAGAUCAAGUCACCUUCUAAACUAAGUCCCAAGGCCAAGAAGAUCUACAACGAGUUCAUCUCAGUGCAAGCAACAAAAGAGGUGAACCUGGAUUCUUGCACCAGAGAGGAGACAAGCCGGAACAUGUUAGAGCCCACGAUAACCUGUUUUGAUGAAGCCCAGAAGAAGAUUUUCAACCUGAUGGAAAAGGAUUCCUACCGCCGCUUCCUCAAGUCUCGAUUCUAUCUUGACCUGACCAAUCCUUCCAGCUGUGGGGCAGAGAAGCAGAAAGGAGCCAAGACUGCAGACUGCACUUCCCUGGUCUCUCAGUGUGCCUAAUUCUCACACAGAGGCAGGGAGCCCAAAUGCCAAGACUCUAUGCUCUGAAAAAUCUGAGGCCAAAUAUUGAUCUGUAUUAAGCACCAAUGCUUUAUCCACAUUGUAGCCUAGCAUCCAUGCUGCCUGCUGUGUGUGAGUCACUUCCAUGUAAAACUAGCCUUAGUUGUGGUGUUGGGGUUUUCACUAGGAUAAGACCCAAUUUGUUUUAAAUUUUCCCAAGUCUCCUUAAGGGUGAGCAAGUUUCCAAAUAAUGGCUCUGUAGGUCUGGAUUUUCAAAGAUGGCUGGCAGUCUGCCCCUUUGAACAGUUUGACCUCAAGUUAGUUAGUUGGUACACUUCAUGUGACAUUCCAUGCACAUGCAAUGUUGGCCAGCAGCACUUCCUACGGACUCUCAACGUUUAGGUGAUAUUUGUGUAUGCAUAUGUAUACAUUAAAAUAUACAUAACAUAUGCAUAUACAUUCUGUAUAUAUUAUACCUAUGUAUUCAAUGUGUGUGAAUGUGCAUGAAUAUCUAUAUCUAUAUGUAUAUACUCACACAUGCACACACAUUUCUUUAAGAAAAGAUGGGAAAGAUCCUAGGUGCUCAAACUGGAGUGUGUAGACAUGCUUGCAUGCAUGUUCUGAUUUCUGGUCCUUCAUACCGUGUCUGAACAGGGCAAACUGAAUUAACUGCCAUGCAGGCUAAGAAAGGAACAGUAACUUGUGGGAAAUGAGUUCUAUAGAACCGCUGGGUCUUGAUGGAGAAUAGCCAGGGCCCUUGUGUUUAGUUGUUGAUGGCCUCCACAUUGAGCACUAAGCUAAGGGGUGAGCACUCUGAAAACUGCUGUCUGACUGACACUGAACUGCCUUGCAUCAGUGAUCACUACUGGCACUUUUUAAGUCCCUCCGCUGAUCGCCUUCCCUCCUUUGCCUGGGUGCUCAGGGUGUGCUGAUUAGCAGCUGGGUUGGUCUGGAGCUGAAUGUUUGAGCUGAAUGAAGGAAUGUGGUCCAGGCUUUGCUGCCUAGCCCUACCAGGGACUGCUGCUUAUGUGAGGGCAGAGGACCUAAAGAUUAUCUUAAUUCUUUCCUCUCUUGAUAAGGUGCUCUUCUCUUCCUACCCCUCAAGAAUGUCACCUGUCAGAGGAGCCUCCUUAGUUCACUGUGGUUGGUUGUUCACUUUAAAAACCACGGCUACCUGCCGUGGUUCUAAGCUACAUGCCUACAUCUGUAAAGCAUCAUCAGGGGGGAAAGGUUAUGUUUUAUCAGGAGGAAGGAAGUUCUCAUGAACUGCAAAGCCCUCUUUGGUUUUCUGCUUUGAGGUAAGAGCUUGUUCAUCCCAUCCCAAACACCAAGGCUAGCAGAGACCAAUGAAAGGAGAGAGGAAAGGAAAAAGAAAGAGAAAAGAAAACAGAAGAGGAGAGGCUAUCAGUUGGUAGGACUACUGCUUGGAGCUUUUCAAGGCACGUGAAAUACUUGAAAAUUUCUCAUUUGUGUUAUUUAUGAUGUUUUGUACAGUGUUUUUAUUAUUGUAUUGUUUUAUAAAUGGAGGUACAGGAUAUUACCCAAAUUAUUGAUGAAUGCCCAAGAAGUAAUUUCCUUCUCAUUCUUCUAAAAGUACUGCCUUUGAGAGCACACACACAUUCGUGCAACACUGCAGUCAUUGCUCCAGUUUAAAUUACAUGCGUGAGCACCAUUGCGGCUAGUAAGCCAAUGUACCGGGCUGCAAGAUGAAGACACUGGAACAGUGUGUAUCCAAGUCUCGUCGUAUUGAAGAAAUCAAUUUUCUAAGGGUACUCGUUUCGUCUCUCUUGACAGUCUUGCUUGUAAUGUCCCCAGAGCUCCCCCAUCAGUGUUCCUAACUCCUUUUUGUUAUACACCCCAUCCAUGAUCAUGUCUGUAUAACUCUUCGGUCUUGCCCUAAUAGUAUCAUGACUUUGAGAUUGUACCUGUACUCACAGACUGCUGUCUCACAAAUAGGUCUGGAAAGUCAUUUUGAAUGAGAAGUAAAUUAUUUUAUGUAAUACAUCCUGAGUGUGUUUUCAAUUGUAUUUCCAUCGCUCCUUGGUAUGGUGAGCCUGCCUGCCGCUGGUCCAUGUAAGGAAUGCUCCUCCCAUAUGCAUGUUUGCUUCUGCCAUGUGCUUUAUAGGCCUCAACACUGAUGCUUCCGACGAAACACACAAAUCUUAAUGAUGACAGUAAAUAAAUGCUUCCUACAAAACAA